UUUCCAUGAUUUUUCUAGAAACCAAAUCCCCUGGAUCUGUCGGAUCUCCUUCUCGCUUGGCGUUCCUCCCGUCUUCCCUCUGUACUCCGACGAUGCCCUAAUCCUCGUCGCGCGCCGGAGUUUCGCCUGAACCAGAACCUGGAGAAGAGCCGCAUCACAGGCAUCACGAAGCACCUGGGGAAGAACCAGAACCCUAGCUGGCACCAGGUGUUCGCCUUCUCCAAGGACCGCAUCCAGGCGAACUUCGUGGGCCGCAUCGUCUUCGACCUCACCGAGGCGCCCCUCGCCCCGCAGUGGUACAAACUCGAGGACAAGAAGGGCGACAAGCUCUCCUCCGGCGGCGGCGGCACCCAAGCCGACGAGGCCUUCCCCGACGCCUGGCACUCCGACUCCCUCGACGCCCUUGCCGCCGGUUCACCCCGCCGAGCUCGCUCCCUCACCAAACUGCUGCCGCCACUUAUUUCAUACCUACCUCGCUUCUAAUUGCUUGGAUUUGGUGUUACUCUCCUCGUCCCCAGCUCAGAGGGAGAGAUUGGUUGUGUCUUGCUUGGGUUGGGGGUUUCGAUUGCCCAGUCAAUUCGCUUUGUGUGAUCGGGGGCUAUCGCAUUUGCUUUUUUCGUUGGUGUUCGGGCACAGCGCGCUAGAGUUUAGAAGUGAGGCUUCGAGCUUAUUCACUUACUGAAGCUUUUUUGAGCAAUCAGAUGGCUCCUCCAUCGAAAGCAUAGUACUAACCCUCGACUCUGAGAGAAGGAAAAGAGGAAGGUAAAGAGGUUGGGGAUGGCACUGCGUGGGCCGCUGGGAUGGUCGGAGGGGGAGCUGAUGCGGUCAGAUGCUAAGCCUUGCUCCAGGCUCAUGCGCCAGACUGCCGCCAUAUUCAGUGUUGGCGGUGGCCUCGCCUUCUGGGUCCUUUGUCGCCUCCACUACGGUCCAAGAAUAACUGUUCCGAGAAGUUUGAGGUGGGCUUCCUGCGGUGCAAUAUCAGUGAGCUCCUCAUCGGCUCUUCUGGUCCGACUUUUCAGUCCUGAGUGCGAACCACAGAAUAUAGCUGCUUAUGAUAAAUCCAAAUAAAUAGCAUGCUUUACUCUCCUAGUCAUUUUCAUCUUACUCCGCUUAGAAUAACUUGGUUAAAUGUAUGUUUAUGCUGUCAUGCUGUCAUGGCUGUACAAGUUUGUUUU